AUGUACCACGAUUCAAAGGCGGCGAUGAGCGCGCCGCCACUGCUACGCAACCCGGGCAACAGCAUGAGCCCGUCGCCCCGCAUGAAGACGUUGUCGCUCGCCAUUCCGACGUCGCCUAGUCUUGUACCUACACUCGCCGGAACGGGAUCAGUUGGAUCUGCUGCGGUUGUGGAUGAACGCGGGUUCCUGCUGCCGCAGCAGCCUGUUCCAGAACUGGCGCUGUCGACAUCGCCGGCGUUCCUUGCCACCACCGGCGGGAGCGGUGAUGCGAUGCAGGAGGAGCCGCCGUCGUUUUAUCUUAAUAGCGGGAACAGCGCUUCGCGGAAUCGGUUACAGCUCAAUACAGGAAUACAGCAACCCCAGCACGAGGCGAUGUACCCGACGCCACAGCCGCAGCUGCAGACCACCACGACCGCGACAGCAACAGCGACGCAACCACAAUUCUAUGCGCAAACGCAGACGACGCCGUCGCCGUCGUCGAUGAUGGUUGACUCGGAACCGAUGGGAUACUCUGAUGUUGCCGAUCUGGACGAGGAAGGGUGGGAGCGGGUGGCGAAUAGCGGCGAGAUUGUCGAGAUUGCAAAACUAGGCGAAGGCACGAGCGGCAGCGUGACCAAGUGUCGGCUGCGGUACGGCAAGACUGUGUUUGCGCUCAAGACGAUCCCCGCGAAUCCGAACCCGGAUAUACGGAAGCAGAUCCUGCGCGAGCUGCUGUUCAACAAGACGUGCGACUCGCCGCAUAUCGUCAAGUAUUACGGGCGGUUUGUGGACGAGCAGAACGCGAGUAUCUCGAUCGCGAUGGAGUAUUGCGCUGGACGGUCGUUGGACGCGGUGUACAAGCACGUCAAGGCGCGAGGCGGGCGCAUUGGCGAGCGAGUGCUGGGGAAGAUCGCGGAGGGGGUGUUGAGUGGUCUGUCGUAUCUGCAUGAACGCAAGAUAAUACACCGAGACAUUAAACCGCAGAAUAUAUUAUUGGAUGGGAAUGGGCAGGUGAAGCUUUGUGAUUUUGGAGUGUCGGGAGAGGUUGUCAAUUCGCUGGCGACUACGUUUACAGGAACAUCAUAUUACAUGGCACCGGAGAGAAUACAGGGCCAUCCGUACUCGGUGACGUCGGAUAUAUGGUCACUAGGUCUGACGCUGAUGGAGGUAGCGCACCACCGGUUCCCAUUCCCACCCGAAGGCGAGCCCACGCUAAGUGCGAUCGAGAUCUUGGUGUAUAUAGUGCACAACCCACCGCCGAAGCUGAUGGACGAGCCGCAUAACGGGAUCAAGUGGUCGGAGGCGUUCCACCACUUUUUGGCGUGCUGUCUGGAGAAGGACACAAAGAAGCGGGCGAGUCCGCGGCAGAUGCUCAAGCAUCCUUGGAUUGUGGGUAUUUCGAGCCGGAAGGUGAAGAUGGAUCGGUUUGUGCAGGAGUGCUGGGCAGAUGCUACUUUAUGA